GGCGCGCGGGACCCCAAGGGCGGGUGCUUCUGCAAAGCGCGCAUCCACGACCUCUCGCCGUACACGCCCAUCUGCAAGUCCUGCGGGCUCGUCCUCUGCGCCGUCAACCUCCCGUUCUACGCCUGCCCCUCCUGCGCCGCCCCGCUCAUGGCCCCCUCCGCGCGCGAAGCCCUCGCCCUCCAGCUGAGCGACCAGAUCGACGCGACCCUCGCGCGCGAAGAAGCCGCGCGCCUCCAAGCGCUCGAGGACGCGCGCAAAGCAGCCGGCGCCUUCCCCUCCCUCUCC